GACUUUCAGAGCCUCAGGAUUCGGGAAAGAUUGCUGCGCAUACUCACGUCGCGCGCCGCGUCCAUAUAGUCCACGGGCUGCGGAAGAAGUUGACAGAGUCGCGCCGACUUUUGCCGUCUGUUGAUCGCCUCCUGAAGGCCUAGCUGAAGCGAGGCUUUGCCGUGCUCGUGGCUUAUUGUUGUUGUCGCCGUCGUCGUCGAUACCGGCCUGGCCUUAUUCACGGCGCCUCUGUUCCCCCGCCGCUCCAUGCGCCUCGCCGUCUGAGAGUGCAUAUUCACCAUGGGCCGCCGCAAGAUCGAGAUCAAGGCCAUCAAAGACGACCGCAACCGCUCCGUCACGUUUCUGAAGCGCAAAGGUGGACUGUUCAAGAAGGCGCAUGAGUUAUCCGUCCUCUGCUCCGUCGACGUGGCCGUCAUCAUCUUCGGCAACAACAAGAAGCUGUACGAGUUUUCAUCGGGCGACAUCAACGAGACGAUUGGCCGCUACCAAUAUUAUGGCGGCGCACACGAACACAAGGGCCCCGAGGACUUCAUGGGCAAGGGCGGCGGCGAUGAGGACGACGACGACGACGAGGGCGCCGUGCCGCGCGACUCGCACACGCCGCCCGACCACGCCAUCAUGUCGACCCAUCUGCAGCACUCGCAGGCCUUCCAGCACAUGCGCCAGGCCACGCCGUCUGCCUCUCCGCCCAUGCCGCCCUACCACCACAACAACAGAGGCCCCUCGCCGCAGCCGGGCCAUCUGUCGCGCCCCAACUCGCGCGCCCACAUCCGCCGCCCCAGCUCGAACCUCGCGCCGCCCCAGCCGUACCCCUCGCAGGCCCCGCCGCAGCAGCCCACCUACGCCUACAUGCCCAACCCGCCCUUCUACAACCCCCAGGCCGUCGUCCAGCAGAUGGCGCCCAAGCCCCCGCAGGCACCGCCCGCCCCGCAGUUCCAGUACACACACCCCAUGCCCACACACCCGCAGGUGCAGCAGUUCAUGCAGCAGGAGCAGCGCAGACAGUCAAUGCCGCCCGUCAUCCAGCAGCAGCAGCAGCAGCAGCAGCAGCAGCAACAACAGCAGCAAAUGCAGCAGCCGCCUCCCCCACAGCCUCUGUCCCAGCCCCCACUAAGCGCACCGAUGCAGCCUAUCAUCACAGCACCCUCGCCGCCACCGCAGAACCAGAACAGCUUCCAAAGCCCCCCGCUACCGCAACCAAGGCCUCUGCAUGCGUCGGCCAAGCACAGCAUCUUCACCCCAAUCGAUGACAGCCAGUCCAUGCUCGCGGCGCAUUGGGGCAACAGCACCAUGAUGCCGCGCAGUGAGGCCCCGACGAUCAAGCAGGAGAACCGCUCACAUUCGAUCGACGUCGCCCUUAUGUCAAGACUACAGCCAAACGGGAACUCCCCUCCCCCGCCGCCAAAUUCACAUCUGGGCACUCACCAACCACCACAACGAACGCUAUCCACGUCUUCCAUCCCUGCCAUUCCUCUGCCGCCACGCGCAAACAGCAUACAGGUGGACAAGAACAAGCCAAGACUGCGAGUACAGAUCCCCAGCGAACAUUCGGACGCGGGUAGCGCCACUGCCGACUCGUCGCCCAAGGACUCCACGACGGGUGCUACGCCUGCACGCGCCAGCACUGAUGCCUCGCACUCUUCAGGCGUCGUCCUACCGCCCCCGUCUCCAAGCGCGAACUCCCUACUCAGCGCCGGCGCCACUGGACCGCCCAACCCAUUCGCCCGUCCACAACCGCCAUCGAAUAGCAACUCGUACAACAGCCGCGACAGCAAUCCGUACAACAACAACCGCGACGCCAAUCCAUACAGCAACCGUGACAGCACCUCGUUCAGCAACCGCGACAACAUGGAAACGCCCAUCUCCGCCCUGCCCAGCCGCUUUGUCGAAAACGGCCUCCUCCCCUCACCGUCGAGCUUCUACCCCGAAUGGGGUUUUGGCCGCGACUCCAACAUGCUGCCCAGCCCGCUGAACUUCCAGACGCCGGUUGUGGCCAACGGGCCGAGCUUCGCGCGCGAUGACUCGGCGGAGCGCGAGAAGGAGCGCAAGCGGAAGACGUCUGAGGAGGAGGGGUCUGAUGCAGGGGGGCAGAAGAGGAUCAAGACUUGAUGGUUUUUUUUUCGUUAUACGUUUCUUUUAUUGUGUAAAAGCUACUUGUUGUUGUUGGGGGGGUUGUACAACUAUGGGUUCUAUCUUUUCUUUAUACUUUCUCUCGGAUUUACAUGCUUGUUUGCUGUUGUGGUGGUUGGUGGUGGUGGUGCAAGGGCGUUGUUGGAUACCCCGGGAUGAAAUCUUUUGUACGUGUGUGUCUUUUUGUUUUCUUUUUCUGGCUGUGUGUGCCUUGAGCUUUCUUAUACAAUUUGAUGAGUAUGGAUCAUGGCUGGCAUUUCGGUGGCUUUGGGAGAGGGGAGGUUGUGGUAAUGAUAGGGGGCUUUGUCGGGGAAGGGCAUGGCAAGACAGGACGUGGGUGUAGUGUUGAA